AUGGGGCUUUGGUUAAUAGAGAUUGGUUAUCAUAUUCUAUUUCCACAGAUAAAAUGUUUUGUUUUCAUUGUCAGAUAUUUGGUAGAACAAAAAGAGACAACUGGAUCAUUAAUGGUCCACCAUUCUUUAGCUUUUCGUGGUCAUUGUGAAAAAUGGUCAGAUUCAUUGAGAGGAAAUUUCAAAGAUUUAGUAGAACUUGUUUCAAACUAUUCCCCUACAAUGGCACCAUACAUUUCAAAUUUAAAAAAUAAAAAUAAUAAACCCCAGUGGUCUUUCAUAUCAUGGUGGAGACAAAAUGAACUCAUAGAAUGUAUAUCAGAUGAAAUUUUCGGAAUCAUAUUUAAAAGUAUGAAGGAUUCUCCUUUCUUUAGUGUUUCAUUUGAUACAACAUUUGAUGUAUUUCGAUAA